AUUGCUGCUGCUGGACUUGGUGAUGUCCGUAGUUCUUUAUUGAAGAGUCUGGGAAAACGAAAUCCCUGGUUAUCAGUUCUAUGCCACCACUGUAGCCAGCUUGUGUGUCUCCAUAGCGAGACAGCCAGCAGUAGCGUACGGUACGUUAGGGUAUUUAGCGAGUUGGACUAACUUAGCUAAUGAUAACGUCAAUGCAGUUCCUUUGGACGAGGCUGCCGUGGCUUCUGCAGCGCUACCAGUACCACCACCGUUUUCUGAAGCGCUGACUCUGCACCUGAUAGACAGCAAGCAAGCCAACGUUACCUAGAUAGGUAGCCUAGAUUUGUAGCUAUACUAUUGACAGUGCUAACUUAACCGUCAGCUGGCAAACGAUGGCAAAGGUACAAGUAAACAGUGUAAUUGUCCUGGAUAAUCCAUCUCCGUUUUUUAACCCUUUUCAGUUUGAGAUCACCUUCGAGUGUAUAGAGGAUUUACCUGAAGAUCUGGAGUGGAAAAUAAUUUAUGUGGGAUCAGCAGAGAGUGAAGAUUACGACCAGGUGUUGGACUCUGUCCUUGUCGGACCAGUCCCUGCAGGAAGGCACAUGUUUGUGUUCCAGGCUAAUGCAGCAAAUCCUGCCCUGAUUCCUGACGGAGAUGCAGUGGGAGUCACUGUUGUGUUGAUAACUUGUACCUACAGAACACAUGAGUUUAUUAGAGUUGGGUAUUAUGUGAACAAUGAAUAUAUGGACCCGGAGCUCAGAGAAAACCCACCAGUUAAACCAGAUUUUGUAAAGCUGCAGAGAAACAUCCUGGCCUCAAACCCACGAGUCACACGCUUCCACAUUAACUGGGAUGAGACGAAUGUGAAAAUGGAUCAUUCUGAGACCCCAGAACUCAGCAUUCAGCCGUUGCUCACAUCAGACAGUUCGACUUCAGCUUCGAAAGGACUGGUCACUGGGAAUUCCUUACACCUCAUGUCAGACUCACUUAUGAACUGUCUAUGAUAGACCAGCUUCAACAGCAUUGCCAUUAUGUGAAGGAAGGCCUUCUGUGUUCUGUUUAAACUUUGAGUGUUACUUUGUUAUAAUGCCAGUAUAAGAUUCCUUUGGAUUAUUUGUGGAAUUUUGUCAUCUAUUUGCAAAACAAAGGUAUUGCCACUUUUUGUGAGAGCUGCUCUCGUAGGCAGACCAACAUUCCCUUUCCACUGAUGGAGUGGUGCUAUGCUAAGCCAUUUUUUAUUGUAGCCUGGUUUAGCCAUGCAGUUGGUUUUACAUUGUUCUGCACAAGAGUAGAAGAGGUAUAUGUUGCUGCAAUUAAAAAUAUAACAUCUUAAUUUUUCACUUAAUUAACAAAUGUGAAAAAUGUAUUUAUAUUGUAUUAAUCCUUGUUAAAGUCGUGCUGUUUCUGUAUACAGCUACUUCUGUUCUAACUUUUGAGAUUAAUUGGUAGUUGCAGUACACAGAAUAUUUCUUCUUUCUGACAGUUUUGAAGCUGACUGAUGAAAGGUCAGCACACGACCUGUGCGUGUUUGUAACCAGGCCAGCACUACAUCAGUUCUGGAGUGAAAAGGACAUUUGAAUGAUUGAAGUCCACCUGCAGUCUGUGAAUGAGGGUCCCCUGUUUAGUAGCUACAAGAAAAAGGCUCAAAGGAAUAUUAUACUAUGCUGAUCACAAAAAAAAAACAGUUACAAUUUUAUUUAAAUUCAGAUUCUGGUAUUUUCUCAUUUAUGUCUUUGUGGAAAUGUGCAAAUGAGAAACUCGUUCUGCUACCAAAGGAGGGAAGCUUGCAUUCUGCUGUGCAAAAUGCAUUCAUUACCUGCAAGAAAGCCAUUAAUUUAGGGCCAAAUAAUCAGACAUUUUUGCAGUGCAAAAUGUGCUGU